AUGGCUGAUGUAACCUAUCUCCGUCACCACCACGAACCCGACGAUGAUCAAACCCUAAUCCCUUUACCCUAUUGGUCUUCCCCUUCCGAUUUCGAUCUCGAUUUUGAUCUCGAUUUGUAUUCCUCCGAUCUCGAUUUCCAUCCCCACCACCACCACCACUUCUCUCGUGAAAGUUUCGUCAUGGAUCUCUUUCAACAGCGGGUGGAGCAAUCUAACGUCAUCGAUCACACAGAUCCUAUUCAUCAAUCCCUAAACGACUCCGUUUUCGACAGUUUAAGUCUCGAUUUAGGGUUAAACUCUACCGAUCUAUACAUCGAGGACGAUGAUUUUACCGAUACGAGGGUUUCGAGAUCAGAUCCAAUCAACGGUCUGCGUAUCGUUGAGAUUGAUUCGGAAUCUGAUGGUGAGGAAGUAGACGGAAAUGGAGAUGUAGACGGAAAUGGAAACAAUGUGUUGUAUGGGAUCUGCGUGCAUUCUGAUGAAGAAGAGUUUAGCAAUGUAAUCGAUGAUGUUACGAAUUUUCCUUUCCGUUGGGAUUCUCUUCAGUUGGAUGAUAAUCAGAUAUAUGAAGAUUUUGAUUGGGAGGAAGUUGACGGUCGUUUAGACGGUAUAUCGGUUGGUAACGGCAACAUUGGCAAUCAUAGGGUAGUUAGCGCCGUUCGUGAUUUUCCGUAUAUCGAAGAAGAAUCUGAGGAAGAGCUUACCUUGACGAGGGUUGGUGAAGGCAUGGGGAGUCUCGACUGGCAAGUGUUGUCGAAUUCGGAUAAUUUAGGCACAAGCCCUGAAACUUAUCAUGUAAUUGCAGAGCCUUUUGAGGACAAUGAUGAUUACAUUUACACUGCAGAGUAUGAGAUGAUGGUUGGUCAAUUCAUAGGUAAUGAUAACCCUUCUACGGGGAGGCCUCCGGCUUCUGUUACUGUCGUGCAGAAUCUUCCUUUGGUGGUUGUGACCAAAGAGGAUGUGGACAACAACAAUGCUCUGUGUGCAGUUUGUAAAGAUGAAUUUGCUGUUGGAGAUGAGGUGAAGUUGUUGCCGUGUUCUCAUCGCUACCAUGGAGAUUGCAUUGUGCCUUGGUUGGGGAUUAGGAAUACUUGUCCUGUUUGUCGCUAUGAGUUCCCCACGGAUGAUGCUGAUUAUGAACGUAGGAAAGCGCCGAUGUUGGCCCGGAGCGCUUAA